AUGAAAAAUCUCUACAACAUAUUGAAGCCACAACAGUAAGAGGAAAUUGGGUUAAAAAUACUACAAUUGAUAAAAGUAUAGAACAACAUAUAUCUAAAGAAGCUGAAUAUUAGCGAAAUAUUCUUCGUCGCAUUAUAAAAGUUCUAUUAACCCUCACAGCAGGAAACACUGCUUUGAGAGGGAAUGAAGGUAAGAAAAGCGAUUUUAAGCCUGAAGAGCUUGAAGGUAAUUUUAUGUGAACAGAACAAUUCGUCUUUUAGCCGAUUUUAACCCAUUACUUCAUGAACUUUUAAAUGAUUCUACCAAACAUAUUAAAUAUUUAAGUUGGAAAGUUCAAAAUGAAUUGAUCGACAUUUUAUCUGAAAACUUAUGUCAUAUCAUAUGUGAAGAAAUAAUUAGUUGUUCCUUCUUCUCAAUCAUAUUAGACUCAACUCAAGACAUAACAAAAAUCGACCAAGUGAGUGUCAUUAUACGAUAUGUGAUUGUUGACUAUGAAACACAUACAAUAAAUAUUAAAGAAUCAUUUUUAGGAUUCUAUGCUUUAGAACAACAUGGAUCAAUGGAUUAUGCGCAUUUGAUACAAAAUGUUUUACACAAACAUAAUAUAAAAAUUAAAAACUGUAUAGGACAAGGGUAUGACGGAGCAUCGGUUAUGAGUGGUCAAUACUCAGGAGUCCAAAAGAGAAUAAAUAAUAUUGUUCCAACUGCAUUAUUUGUCCACUGCUGUGCUCACAACUUAAACUUGGUGAUAUCUGAUGCCUCUAAAAUUUCACCAAGCAUAUCAAGACAUUUUGAAACUCUACAUUCUGUAUUAAAUUUCUUUAACUCAAAUGGCCCAAUAUGGGCGUCAUUAGCAUUAGGAGAUAACACAGCAUCAAAAAUUAGGAGAAGAGUAUUAAAAAAAGUGUGCUCUACCCGAUGGGAAUUUAGGCAUACUGCAGUAUUUGUAUUAAAAGAGCGGUUUAUCGAUGUAAUCAAAUGUUUAACUAUAAUGUCACUUACAAGUGGUAAAAAAGAUGAACGUGAUAUGAGUAAAGCACUUAAAAAUAAAAUAGAAUCAAGUGAAUUUGUAUUAAUUUUAUUUAUCUGGGAAAAUAUUUUAAGAUAUUUAAAUACUGUAUCUAAGAUUUUACAAAGUACGAAUAUUUCAUUAGAAAAUGCAUCAAUGCUUCUGGAUAAAACUAUUCAAAAUAUGCAACAUUUACAAAAUUACUACAGCACAAUAUAUUUGGAAUCAAAACGAUUAUGCGAUAAAUGGAGAAUUGACAUUUCUUUCCAUUCUUCGAGAUCUAAAUUUUGUAAAAGAGUAUUUGGAGAGGUUGACGGUGAUCGCAGAUUUGAUAUUUCUAAAGAUAUAUUUAGGAUUAAA